ACCAGUCGCGCGGGAGCCCCGCAUGGUCUGCCCCAUGGUGGCCGCUCUUGCUCUCGUCCUCCUCAGCCUGGCCUGGAGCAGCCAGAGCCUGGCGCUGCCUCGUGUGGAGACAUGUGGCACCUCCUGCUCCUGGCUGGCCGCCUCCACUCGCCACCUUCAGGACCCUGAGCACCCUAAGGAAUUUUCCUGCAGGAGCCGCCGCAGCGGUGAGUAUCUAAGGAGUGUGCACCAGCCACGGCCUCACCCUGGUGCCUGCUUGUUCCCCACAGGGCCCAUCCUCAGCAGCUCCUGCCGGCCGCCCCCCAGGUCCAUGUCUGUGGGGGUCCUGGGAGGCCUCACACUCUCCACAGCCAUGCAGUGUGUCCCCCAGGAGGGUUGUGCCCUACGCCUUCGUGUUCGGGCCACCGUCAGGCUGCACGGAGCCUCACAAGGUUGUGCCUCCUGCACCAGGAAGCUGCGGGGCUUGGAGGCCUGUUUCUCGAGCCCGGGCACGCAGAGGGGUGGUGAGUGCCGGGGUGUGCGGCUGCCCAAGACCCUCCACCCGCCACAGCCAGGGCAGCAGCUCCAGGUGGACUUCGACUGCUUGGAGGUGAGCGUGGCCCAGACCCUCUACGUCACCCUGAGGACUGUCCCUCGCUUCUGCGGGGUCCAGCUGGCCCAGCAUUACCACGUGGAAGACUGCUCGGACGAGGACGUGGGCAGGCACGUCGGCGAGUGCACCGCCAGGAAGCUCACCUACCAGGUGGACCGCAGCCGCAAGCUGGUGCUGGUGCAGGUGCCCGAGGCCUCCGGGGGCCCCGACUACUACGUCCGGCUCUGUCUCAAGUGGUUCACCUGCCAGGACGCAGCUGGCCCGGUGCAGGUAGCCGCGAACGAGGUCCCACGGACAGUGUCUCUGCCCUACAGCCAAGAGCUGCCUUGCCUGUGCCUUGAGGGCUGGCCCGCGACCCCCGACGCAGUCCGCACCCAGAUCUGUCCCUUUGAAAAUGACACAGAAGCACUGUGGGAUGCUGUCCACUACCACCCCCUGCACGGGGCGCUCAGCUGGGAGCCCGCCUGUCCUGUGAGUGGCCACGUGAGCCUGUGCUGGCGCCCAGGGCCGGGGUCCGAGUGCCGAGAGUUGGAGCGGUCCCAACGGCCAGUGCAGGACAGAGUGCAGUUCUCCUUGGUGGAGCCGCAGCCCCAGCUCUGCCUGCAGUUUACCACCAGCCUGGGUUUACAUCUGAGGUGCCCGUUCCUACAGUGGCCUGGCCCAGCCUGGAAGAUGAUGCUGGCUCCAGCACCGGAAGAGGGACCCCUUCGGGUCUUCUUCCUCUCCCCAUGUCCUGCUCGCUUCCACAUCCGACUGUGCCGGAGGGACGCCUCCACCUGCCACCAGGCACUGCCCGUGGCCUCAGAUGACCCUGCCAUUCAGCCGUCAGUGGCCUUCGCAGACAUCCCUGGGGCCGAGCUGUGCGAGGUCGACACCUGCAUCCAGGGCUGGAGGACCGACGUGCCCUUCUCUGUCCCGCAACAGCUGUGUGGCGCCCCAUGUCGAGACUGA